AUGGUUGCACUUUCCAAGCUCAUCAAUAACGGAUUGCUUCUUGCAGGCCAACUGAUCUAUGGAGACCUUGCUUCCCCACAGCAGGCUUCCGCUGAACAGUACAACAUCCUCCACUUUUUGGGAGGCUCCGCGCCAUACGUUCAGCAUCCCGGUUUUGGUAUCACUACUGAUAUUCCUAACCAAUGUACUUUGGAGCAAGUACACUUGAUCUCCAGACAUGGUGAGAGAUACCCUUCAAAGGGUAUGGGUAAACAGUUGGAGGCUUUGAUGGCCAAGUUCAAAGAGUACAACGAGACCUACACCGGUGAAUUGACUUUCUUGAACGACUACACUUACUUUGUCAGCGACAAGGCAUACUAUGAGAAGGAAACCACACCUUGGAACUCUGACGGUACUUAUGCUGGUGUCUCGACUGCCACCAGACACGGCAUGGCAUUCAGAUCGAAGUACAAGAGCCUCUUCAACGCCUCUGAUGAAAACCUUUUGGUUUUCACCUCUAACUCUGGAAGAUGUCAUGUCACUGCUGAGAACUUCGCCAGAGGCUUCAUGGGCACAGAGUACAGCGACAGCUCGGUGGACUUCUACGUGAUUACCGAAGAUGAUGACAUGGGUGCCAAUUCUUUAACUCCAAGAAGUGGAUGCACUGCUUUCGAUGAAGAUCAGAACGACGACAUUGUCAAGCAGUACAACACCACCUACUUGAAGACUGCUAGAGAGAGACUUCUCAAGGGUAACGAGAACCUCAACUUGACCACUUCUGAUGUUCUGAUGCUCUUCAGUUGGUGUGCUUACGAGAUCAACGUUAGAGGUAAGUCUCCAUUCUGCUCUUUGUUCUCUAAUGAGGAAUUCAUUAAAUACUCCUACUCGGUCGACUUGAGCAACUACUAUGCACACGGUCCAGGUAACAACUUGUCUGCCACCAUCGUCGCUCCAUACUUGAAUGCCACCUUGCAGUUCUUGAAAGAGGAGGAACCACUGUUUAAAGUAUUGUUGGCUUUCACCCAUGACACUGACAUUGAGAUCUUACACGCUGGUCUUGGAUUGUUGGAGCCAGAGUCACCUUUGCCAACUGACCACAUUCCAUUCCCCAACCCAUAUGUUCACUCGCAGAUCGUUCCACAGGGUGCAAGAUUGGUCACCGAGAAGUACUCCUGUAAUGGUGAGUCCUACGUUAGAUACAUUGUCAACGAUGCCGUAUACCCUAUCAAGUCUUGCCAAUCUGGUCCUGGUUUCUCGUGCAAGCUUUCUGAUUUCGAAAGCUACAUUAAUUCUAGAAUCGAGGGUAAGGACUACCAGAGCCAGUGUAAGACUAAGUACACUGGAGAUGUGACAUUCUUGUGGGACUACAAGACUGCCAACUAUACUGCUGCAGACAUUGAUUCGUAG